GUUAGCUAGCCUAUUCUCCUGUCAAAAACACUGAACGGGACGGAGGACAUCACACGCAAGGAUCUCACCUCAACUCAGCUUUUUGAAGGUGGGAACAUGGCAUACAGGCAUGGCGGUCAUGGUAGCUCAGUGCAUCCUCUAGACCUGGAAUGUGAGGAUCAGCUAGCCACUCUUGAUCUAGAGUGGGAGAUGGAAAAGGAGUUGGAAGAACUUGGACAGGACUUCCGACUAGAGUGCACAGACUCUCAGACCUUGGGCAAUUCAAUCAGUGGGGAAAUAAAUCCAGACCAUGAGAUAAUGCACGCCUCUGUGUCCCCCCAUGGACGAUUUGAGAGACUACAGGAGGACCCCAACUACAUCUUGGAGUACAACAGGGCUGUUCCUAAGGUGCAAAUGUUAAGUGUUACCUGCAUAAUCAAGUACCUGCUGUUUGGGGCAGGAGUCUUUUCCCUGGGACUGGUUAUUGGUCUACAUGCUAAGCAAACCAAAGAGCAGCCAGUUACGCCCACCACAAGCAAAGAUAUGCUGGAAAAGGUUAUACAAGACAUCACUGCUGAGAAGAUCCAGGCAAUUAAAAGGGAUUUCGAUUCCUUACUCAAUGUCAGUGAGGAAUCCAGAGUGAAGAAUCUUGUCCGACGUUGGGAGGAGUUUGGACUAAACGAUAUCCAGCUGAUCAAUUACACCGUCCUCAUCAGCUCCCCUGGAUCCUUUCCUAAUAACAUCACUGAUGUCUCAAAUAUGCAGUGUUUCCUGCCCAGUGGUGCGAGCUGUGAUACAAAGACUGACAUAUCCAUUAAUGAGUCCUUUACCUUUGCAGCCUACUCAUCUGUGGGAAGUCUAGAGGCAGAAGUGGUGGACGUGCAGUACGGAAGUUCUGAAGAUUUGAGUCAAAUCCGAACUGAGAUGAACGUGGCCAAUAAAAUAGCACUGCUUAAAAUCGGACGAGUACCUUUACUCACCACGCUUUCUCUACUGGCGGAGAUGGGCUUCGGUGCUUGUCUCACCUAUGUGGAUCCCUGUGAUGUCCCUAAGGAUCAGCAAUUACUGGGAAAAGCAUUCGGGGUGACGUUAAACCCAGGAGGCGACCCGUCAACCCCAGGCUACCCAAGCACAGAUGGCAGUUUUAGGGAAGAGAGACACAACCUGACAUCCCUGCUGGUGCAGCCAAUAUCCGCCAUGUUAGCCAGAGAGCUGCUAUCUGCAUCCAGUUCUGGAGACAGCCAACCUUGCAUUCCUAUGAGAAUGGUAUCAAGCUCACAGCACAAGACUAUAAGGCUAAGCAUCGGAUCCCAAACAUCAUACAGAAGAGUCUAUAAUGUCAUUGGCUACCUACGAGGAAAGACUAAUCCAGAUAGGUAUGUUAUGGUUGGCGCCCAUCACAGUAGCUGGUACGAGGGUGCCCUGGCAGACUGGAGUGGUGGUGCUGCUGUCAUCACUCAGAUCAUCGCCUCCAUAACAGCUCAGACCCGUGAACUCUGGCAUCCAGACCGUACUAUUGUCUUCAGCUCACUGGGUGGCUUUGCCCUUGGCAACAUCGGCUCCUUUGAGUGGGGGGAGGAGAACAAGGUGGUUUUGCAGAACAGGGUAGUGGCUUAUGUCAGCCUCCAUAAUCCAGUUAGAGCAUAUGGACCACAGUUUACUGCAUCACCAUCUCUGCUGCAAUUUGCUUCUGACAUCCGUAAGAGACAUAUAAAAAGUUGCUUUUAUGCUGGAGACUGCCAUGGUCUGAAUAUCAGCUCUCUGCAGUCUCCUGUGGUCAUGGACUUCUUCACCAGUCACCUUGCUGCUCCACUGGUGGAGUUCGCAUCAUUGCCCAAUCCAGCUGAGAGUGCUCAUCUCUUCCUCUCCGAGGCCUUUUUUCCCGUCGAGUCCUUGUUAGCAGAGACCUUGGACCCCAAAUUCAAACUUCACGAGAUAGUUGCAAAGAUGACAGCAGAGGCCAUCGUGCGACUUGCUACCGAUCCUGUCCUUCCCUUUUCACCCUUAGAUAUAGCACUGGAUGUUCAAAAUAAACUUAAAGCUGACCCCUUAAUCAGGCCUGAUCUUCUGGCCGCUGCUGCAUCCUUGCGAGAAAAUUCGAGCUUUUUCCAGUCAGAGAUUAUGCGUCCAGCCAACGACCCAAAGGAGCGCGACCCUUCCCAUGUGCGCAUGCUGAAUGAUGUACUGCGAGACCUGGAGAAAAGCUUCCUCAUUUCAGACCCACCUCAGGGCUUUUCGAGGAACAUUCUUUAUGGACUGAAUAGCAAAACCCAAGGCUUUGCCAUCUUGAAUGCCUCUGUGAACGACUUCAAACACAGAAGUGUGAAUCAGUCUUUGUCCCAAGUGUAUAACUCCAUCUGCUCAGCUGAAAAACUCAUCCAAAGUGGUCUUGAGCUCUUUGAGGAUGACCAUGAUAGCUCACAUUGAAAUAAUGUCAGAAAUAUGCUGCUAUUGGACAAAACAUCUUUAGACAUGAACAUAGCACAACUGUUUGAUAAUGGAAGACAGUGGAAGAGGCACAGUUAUCAUAUGCGAAUAAAAUGUGUACUUCAAAACAAUCAGAUAUUUGAUGCUACUUGUGAUUUGAAGCUGCAAAAUGUAUGAUGGGACAUAAAGAGAAUGUCUAAUGAAAACUGGUGAACCCGUAGGGGAAAUAUAGAUGUCCCACAGGCCUGAAGAACAAAAAAAUAAGGCAUUCUAUGAUGGUGCAGAUUACAUUUCUUAAAAUAUUUUUUAUGUUUUUUUUAGGGUCGUCCAGGCAAGUAAUUCAGGAUAAAAACGUAAUUUUUUCUCAGGGUGAAUAUAAGCAUUUUUUUGACUCAGGACAGGGGAAAGUACUGUAGGAUUCUUAUUUGAAUUAAUUUAUAUGAAUUAUUUUUAUUUUUUCUUUAACUAUAUUUAUUACAUAUGCUGUUCCAUUGUUUAGUUAGCUAGAAAAAAUUUGUCCUGUUAGGACUAGCUUUUUUUCAAUUUGUCAAUGCACACCCAAACUUGAUACUAGCUGGCAAGGCUACUUUUGUUAUAAAGUACAUAACAUCUAUGGAUUUUGCUGGUAACAUAAUUGUGUAAUUGUAUAUGUAUUGUAUAAUAUAUAGUACAUAUGCUGUACAUUUGAGCCCUGCAUCAUGAGUCAUUUUACUUUAAGAAUUAAUUUUGCUGAAAAAAUAAUUUUGGUAUUUUAAUUUUUAAGGAGCCUCUUUAAAGCAUAUGCAUGGGAUUUUGGUCAUUAAGAUCAUACAGUAUUUUCUUCCAUUCUGGUGUCCUAUAUAAACAUUGCAUGAUUUUUUGAUCUGUGGUGUUGGCACAUGAUUGGCUGACUGGAUAAUUACUGUAUAUGAAUGGGAAGGUAUUUAGGUUGAUGAGUGUAUGUGAACUAGAAUGCAAAUUUCUGCCUGAUGUGAAAGUAAAAAAAAAGUAUGAACCACUGUACAAUGAUAUGGGUAUAAUUAUCAUGGUUAGAAAUGAUAAGGGAUUACGUUUUGGUUUGUACAGAGUUU